AUUACUCAGCCGACGUCGACGGCGUAAUGAUGCUCCGACGUUCCGUUGACCCACCCCCACAGAAAAAUACCUUAAAACUUAGCUGUUUUGAAUAAUAAUGGGGUCAUUGACUGCUCAAGAGGGUGAUAUUUUAGAUAGCUUAGAUGAUCUUGGGUAUGAUGGAGAGCUUUUGAAAGAAAACCCGUUCUUGGCUGCAAUUGAAGCAGGUCCAAGUUCACCAGCCUUCACUGGGUUGGUAGCAUGGAUCUCUUCUCAGCUCUGUAACCUAUGUGAUCUAGAAGCUUCUGUAUCACCAACUUCAUGUGCUGAAGAUGCAGACACAUUUGAGCUGGAGCUCAGUGGGCUCCUGAAGGAGCUCUCCUGUCCAUACAAGAUCCUCACACAAGGAGAAAUGAUAAACAGACUGGGAAAUAAGGCUAACAGAUUAAUACUCUUAGAUUUUCUAACAAGUGAGCUGCAAUCUGCUAAGAUGUUACAAGACAGAAAUCCAACUAAGCCUACCAAUACAGCCCCUGCUGAAGAUGCACAUUGGAAGGCAAGCAGCAGAUGCUUGAAGAACGUGUGCAUCCUUCUCAAACUGUCCAAGCCGCCACCCAAUGUCACCGAUGUACAGCUCUUCACCAAGCUGGAGUCUCAACUCAAGACUAUCAUUGCCAACUCCAAACACGAGGUGGGGAAGCCCCUUUUCAAGUGGAAUCUGACAUCAGGGCAGUGGGCUACUUUGGACACCAUCAAUGAGCAGAUGAGGAGAGAAUACAGCAUCAGACGACAGAUGUUGCUGAAGAGACUGGAUGUGACAGUCCAGUCCUUUGGCUGGUCAGAUAGAGCCAAGAGCAAGGAAAAUGAAUUUUCCCAGGUGUAUAGAACUCGACGGAAUGAAUUGACCUCUGAAAAUACCGUCACUAUUGCUAGCAUGAUGGCUGCCAGAGAAGACCUUGCCAAACUGAAGAAGACUAGUAGUGGUGCAGUCAGGAAGAAUACACAGUGUGCUAUUAAUAAAGUCAUGAUGGGAAGGGUUCCCGACAGGGGAGGUAGACCUCAGGAAGCAACCCCGCCCCCACCAGAGAUGCCUUCAUUCAAACAGAGACAAGAUGGCGGUGGUCAUAGAGGUGGUAGAGGAGGAGGAGGAGGAAGAGGUGGUGGAGGCAGGGGAGGAGGAGGAGGAGGAGGUGGAGGGAGAGUGCAAGGAGGUUGGUCUGCAGGUGGUGGUGGCGGAGGAGGAGGAGGCAACUGGAAUCAAGGCGGCGGAGGUGGUGGUGGAAACUGGAACCAGGGUGGGGGAGGGGGUGCAAAUUGGAACCAGGGUGGUGGUGGUGGUGGAGGAGGAUACUACAAUAACCAAGGGGCGGGGGAGGGUAUGGGGGUCAACAGGGUGGAUAUGGUGGAGGAGGAGGAGGGCACGGGGGUGGUUACAGUGGGGGAGGGGGGUAUGGGGGAGGAGGACAAGGGGGCGGUUACGGGGGUGGAGGACAAGGGGCGGUUACGGGGGUGGAGGAGACAAGGGGGCGGUUACGGGGGUGGAGGUGGACAAGGGGGUUAUGGAAGUGGUGGGGGAGGGAGAGGGGGAAGGGGUAGGGGUAGAGGUGGAAAGAGAGGAGGGGGCGGUGGAAGAUACUAA